ACCCUAAUCCCGACUCUCGAGUUCGUGGACCAACUGAGCUAGCAGCAAUUUGUUCCAAGCUAGAGAACAACCAAAAGCUACCUUACCAUCUUGACUUGAUCGAGUCAGUUCUUCCCCUCCGUCCGGUCGAUCAUGCCUUGCGAUGAUUGCAAGCCGGAGUCGAAAGGUCGCCUGAACGCGGUCAACAUCGCCGCACGCGUCGCCGCCAUGGCGCUCGCGGUGGCGUCGGCGGCUCUCAUGGUGACGGCCAGCCAGUGCACCGUCGUCCUCCCGAACGGCGCCGAGGCACACACCGUCACCUACAGCGACUUCGGCCCCUUUGUGUACCUGGUGGUGGCGAACGCCUUGGCGGCGGUCAUGGUGGGGGCGGCCAUUUUCCUGAGCGUAUGGAAGAAGGGAAGCAACAAGGUGUCGAGGGUGCUCGUGCCGCUCCUCGACGUGGCCGCGCCGGCGCUGCUCUACUCGUCGACGGGCGCCGCCUUCGCCACCAGCGAGUACAUGUCCUACUGCUCACCCCACGGCCGCGGGCGCAUCAGCGUCUGCGACGGCACCGUCCGGGGCUCGAAUAACUUCUGCAGCCAGGUGCACAUGGCCAUGUACAUCUCGCUGGCCGCCGCCGGCGCCGUGUCGGCCGCCGAGCUGGUGAAGAACUUGACGCUGUCCUUCGGAGGCUCCGGGUCGGACUCCGACUCGGACGCCGGCUGCGAGCAUGGGUGCCACCACAAGCAUUAGCUAGCUAUAGGUCCUCUUUCGUUCCUACUCUUUUUGUUGGACGUGUUAGUUACGUGUGCAAUAAUGCUAGCUACGUAGUUUACUGCUUCAAUUUUUUUACCACAUUCGAAUUGUGCAUCUUACUUGAUCUGUACUAUAUAUGUAUCUACGUUAUCAAGGGGGCAACUUGUUGGUUGCGUUGCUGUUCUA